AUGACCUUGCUUCUUAUCAAUGAUUCUUCAUCAUCAUCACUCUCACCAGAAGAACAAAAAUCGAGUGAAUUUGUUCAUUUGAUCAUCUCCUCCCCUUCAUCCUUCUGUGCAGCCUCUUCAAAGAAAUCGUCCUCCUCUUCCGACAUGUUGGCCAACGUGCAAACGAGUGCCCAUAACAAUGAAUGUGUGGCCAACAAUGGUCAUCAUCAACCAGCACCUGCCACCAAGACGAAAUCACGUCCAUUGUCCAUGUCAGUGUGUAAAGAAGGCCUCUCCAAGCUGUGGAAAAAAGAGACUUCCAGCCAUGGCAACAUUAAAUCUGCGUCAACACCUGCAUCCAUCAACAGUGACGCUUCAGAAACGAGUGAUACAAACAAGAAGAAAACAACAACGAAACAAAAUAAUAAGAAUCGACAUUCAUUCUCACCUGCGAAUGGCUCGUUGAGGGGAAAGCACCCUGCCACGAGAGAUGUAAAUACCACUCAGAAGAAUGAGGAACAAGCUCCUCCCACAAAAAAGAAAAAGUUUCUUUGA